AUGAAUCCCGAAUCUUUCACUCACAAGACCAACGAGGUGCUCUUUUCCGCGAAGCAGCUCGCGGAAUCCAACGGCCAUCCGGAAAUCACGCCCGCGCACGUUGCGCUGGCCCUCUUCGAGGACUCCGACAGCCUCUUCCGCCAUGCCGUUUCUUCCGCCGGCGUCAACAACUACUCCGCCGGCGGCGGCGGCGGAGGCGGCGACGACACCGCGCAAGCCCUGCAGCGCGCCUUCAAGCGGCUUCUCCAAAAGAUCCCCUCGCAAGAGCCUGCACCCGACGAGAUCCACGCAAAUCACGCGCUCGUUAAAGCGCUUCGCAAGGCGCAGAGCCUUCAGAAGAAAGCGGGGGACUCGCACCUGGCCGUGGACUCGUUAGUGCUGGCUCUUAUCGAGGAUGCGCAGAUCGCCGGCGCGAUGAAGGAGGCGGGAGUGAACGUGACUAAAGUGCAGGCCGAGCUCGCUAAAACGCGGGGCGAGACGAAGGUUCAGAGCGCGUCGGACGACUCGAAUUUCCAGGCCCUGAAAAAGUACGGGCGCGAUCUCGUCGAAAUGGCGGCGAAGCUCGAUCCGGUGAUUGGGCGCGACGACGAGAUCCGGCGCGUCGUGCGGAUCCUCUCGCGCCGCACGAAGAACAACCCCGUGCUGAUCGGCGAGCCCGGCGUGGGGAAAACGGCUGUCGUGGAGGGCCUCGCGCAGCGCAUCGCGCGCGGCGAUGUCCCGAGCAACCUGCAGAACGUGCGGCUCGUUGCGCUGGACAUGGGCGCGCUCGUCGCGGGAGCCAAGUACCGCGGAGAGUUCGAGGAGCGCGUGAAGGCGGUACUGAAGGAGGUGGAGGAAGGCGAAGGGCGGAUUAUUCUCUUCAUAGACGAGAUGCAUUUAAUCCUCGGAGCGGGGCGCACGGAGGGCGCCAUGGAUGCGGCGAAUCUCUUCAAGCCGAUGCUCGCGCGCGGGCAGCUGCGCUGCAUCGGCGCAACGACGCUCGAGGAGUACCGCAAAUACAUCGAGAAGGACGCGGCGUUCGAGCGGCGCUUCCAGCAGGUGCUUGUAAAGGAGCCGUCUGUAGCGGAUACGGUGAGCAUUCUCCGCGGGUUGCGGGAGAAGUACGAGGGGCACCACGGCGUGCAGAUCCAGGACCGCGCGCUCGUCGUCGCGGCACAGCUCAGCAGCAGGUACAUCACGGGGAGGUUCCUUCCGGACAAAGCCAUCGAUCUCGUCGACGAAGCGUGCGCGAACGUGCGCGUCGCGCUCGACAGCCAGCCGGAGGAGAUCGACGCGCUCGAGCGGAAGCGGAUUCAGUUAGAAGUGGAGUUACACGCGCUCGAGAAGGAGAAGGAUAAGGCGAGUAAGAUGCGCGCGGCGGAGGUGCGCGAGCAGCUCGGCGCGCUGCGCGAGCAGCUGCAGCCGCUGCAGAUGCGGUACCGGCGGGAGAAGGAGCGCGUGGACGAGCUGCGGCGCCUGCAGCACAAGCGGGAGGAGGUGCUCGUCGCGGUGCACGAGGCGGAAGCGCGCAUGGACCUCGCGCGCGUCGCGGAUCUCAAAUACGGCGCGCUCACGGAGCUGGACGCCGCCAUCGGGAAGUACCAGAGGGAGGCGGAGGCCGCCGCCGCCGCCGCCGCCGCGAUGGACACAAGCGGCGGAGUCGCGGCGCCGGCCGUCAAGCCCAUGCUGACGGAAACCGUCGGGCCGGAUCAGAUCGCGGAGGUCGUCAGCCGCUGGACGGGCAUCCCCGUUACAAGGCUCGGGCAGAACGAGCGCGAGCGGCUGCUGGAGCUCCCCGCGCGCCUGCACGAGCGCGUGGUAGGGCAGGCGGAAGCAGUACAGGCGGUGGCGGAAGCGGUUCUGCGCUCGCGCGCGGGGCUGAGCCGCCCAGGGCAGCCCACGGGAUCGUUUCUCUUCCUAGGCCCGACAGGCGUGGGGAAAACGGAGCUCGCGAAGGCCCUCGCGGAACAGCUAUUUGACGACGAGAAGCAGCUAGUGAGGAUUGAUAUGAGCGAGUACAUGGAGCAGCAUAGCGUGGCACGGUUGAUCGGCGCUCCCCCGGGGUAUGUGGGGCAUGAGGAGGGCGGGCAGCUUACAGAGGCGGUGCGGAGGCGGCCGUAUAGUGUGGUGUUGUUUGAUGAGGUGGAGAAGGCGCAUGCUUCGGUAUGGAAUACCCUGUUACAAGUGCUGGAUGAUGGGCGGUUGACCGACGGGCGUGGGCGCACUGUAGACUUCAGCAACACGGUGAUCAUCAUGACGUCGAAUUUAGGAGCACAGCAUCUUAUAGCGGGGAUGGCGGGGGAUGUGUCAAUGGGAGAGGCGAAGCAGCUUGUGAUGGGCGAAGUGAAGCGGCAUUUCAGGCCGGAGUUACUCAACCGAUUGGAUGAGAUCGUGGUAUUCGAGCCUCUCUCUCUCCCAGAGCUUCGCAAGGUGGCCCGGCUGCAGAUGAAACAGGUGGCUGCCAGGCUGGCGGACCGAGGAAUCGCGCUGGCGGUGUCUGAUUCGGCGCUGGAUGUGGUGCUAGCAGAGGCGUAUGACCCGGUGUAUGGGGCGCGGCCGUUGAGGCGGUGGCUGGAGCGCAAGGUGGUGACUCAGCUGUCGAAGAUGCUGGUGGAAGGGAAGAUAGAUGAUAACUGCACGGUGUUAAUUGACAGUGCGAAGCAGCAGCAGGGUCAUGGGCAAGUGGGAGGAGGGAAGGGAGUUGCAGUGGAGGUAGAGGCUAGUGGGUUGCUGUUCAGGGUGGAGAAGACGGGUGGUGUGGCUGCUGAGAAGGCCAAGGGGCGGCUGGGGGAAUUUCUGGUGGAGCCGGCGCAGGGGAUAGAGGGGAAGAAGGCGAGGGUGGAGGAGGAAGAGGAGGGGGAGGUGGAUGAAAUGGAGGACUGA